UUUUACUAUGAAGACAUCCUGUGGCAAACCAGACCCUGGAAAGCGCCGACAGUCUUCUCAGCUCGUUUUAAACUGAAGACAGCAGCAUGCGUUGUCUGCGAUAGAGCCUCGUCCCCUGCACCCCCCCUCUUUCUACCUGCCCGUCGACAGCGAGGACGGCCAUGGGUUCGGAUCAGCCCCUCCUGGAUUCCCUUGAGGGAAGGUCCAUGUUGGGUCCCGCCUGCACGCGGCUGGGCCGCCGGUGUCUGCGCAAAAAACUGAGGCCCGUGCGAAUCCUGGGGUUCGUCCUCAGCCUGGUAGUUGUAAGUGCUGUCUCAGUCAGUGCCUUCACCUGGAGCUCCGGCGGUCUCGGCGAGCCAGCUCUGCGCCAGGAGAGUCUCCACGAGUCCGCCCCUCACAGGACCCUGCUUUUUACCCAACACAAGAGGGACGCCAACGUGUCAGCCGACAUGCCAAUAGCCAUGAAAUCCACAGCAAAUAGCAAUGAGAGCCAGGGGGACUACCCGCCGGACAUUUUCAGCCUCCGGGAGAGGCGCCAGGGAGCGGUGGUCCUCCACAUGUUCGGCAUGAUCUACAUGUUCAUCGCCUUAGCGAUCGUGUGCGACGAGUUCUUCGUCCCGGCGCUGACGGUCAUCACGGAGAAGCUGACCAUCUCGGACGACGUGGCGGGCGCCACCUUCAUGGCGGCGGGCGGCUCGGCCCCGGAGCUGUUCACCUCCAUCAUCGGCGUCUUCAUCUCGCACAGCAACGUGGGCAUCGGGACCAUCGUGGGCUCGGCCGUCUUCAACAUCCUGUUCGUCAUUGGGAUGUGCGCCAUCUUCUCCAAGGAAAUCCUCAACCUAACGUGGUGGCCGCUCUUCCGCGACGUGUCCUUCUACAUCCUGGAUCUGAUCAUGCUCAUCAUCUUCUUCCUGGAUAACGUCAUCUCCAUCUGGGAAAGUAUCACGCUGCUGUCCGCCUACGCCGCCUACGUGAUCUUCAUGAAGUGCAACAGCACAGUGGAGGGCUUCGUCAAAGAUUGCAUGCACAAGAACCAAGUGGUAGAAGUAGAAGUGCAGCCCAAGGAUGAGAAGGCGAGUCCUGGGACGCCAGAGGAUGACGGCAAGCUGUCGGCCAGGCCUCGCCUUCAGAGGGGCGGCAGCUCCGCCUCCCUGCACAACAGCUUGAUGAGGAACAGCAUCUUCCAGCUGAUGAUUCACACACUCGACCCUUUAAGCGAAGAAUUUGCUGACUCUGAGCUUGGGACUUAUGGGAAACUAAAAUAUUAUCACUCAAUGACUGAGGAAGGAAAAUUCAGAGAGAAAGCAUCCAUCCUCCACAAGAUCGCCAAAAAGAAAUGUCAAGUGGAGGACAGCGAGAAGGCCAACGGAGUUGCAAGCCGCUCAGAUAAAAACCUUCCGAACAGCUCCAGCGUCGAAGUGGAAGUCACCCCUCCCAUGAAUGGAACUGCGGGGCAAGAGGGCGAGACGGCUGAAGAUGAGGAAGAGGAGGACCAGCCUCUGAGCUUAUCCUGGCCCGAAUCCGCCCGCAAGCGCUUCACCUACCUCCUCAUCAUGCCCAUCGUCCUCCCGCUGUGGCUGACGCUGCCCGACGUCAGGAAAACGGCGUCAAAGAAGUUCUUCCCGAUCACCUUCCUGGGCGCCAUCUGCUGGAUCGCAGCGUUUUCCUACCUGAUGGUGUGGUGGGCUCACCAGGUUGGUGAAACCAUUGGGAUUACAGAGGAGAUUAUGGGCCUCACUAUAUUAGCAGCUGGAACCUCCAUCCCUGACCUCAUCACCAGCGUUAUUGUGGCACGCAAGGGGCUGGGCGACAUGGCUGUGUCCAGCUCCGUCGGCUCCAACAUCUUUGACAUCACCGUCGGGCUGCCGUUCCCCUGGCUCCUCUGGUCCUUCUUCAGCGGCCUCCGGCCGGUCCAAGUCAGCUCCAACGGCCUCUUCUGCGCCAUCGUGCUCCUCUUCCUCAUGCUCCUCUUCGUCAUCAUCUCCAUCGCCGCCUGCAAGUGGCGCAUGAGCAAGCUGCUGGGCUUCAUCAUGUUCAUGCUGUACUUCGUCUUCCUGGUGGUCAGCGUCAUGCUGGAGGACAAGGUCAUCACCUGCCCGGUGUCCGUCUGAGGGGGGAGGAGCCGCUUUCUCUCCGCCAUCAGCACCUCCGCCUCCACCUCCACCGCCUCUUCCACCACGGUCAUCCUUCCUGUCCUGUUCCUGUGACCCACGACACUAAGAAUAACUGUACAAGAGGAUCAAAAACAAACAAAAAAAAACAUGGAGUCUACCUAUAGUUUCAGGUGGUAGGACGGGGUUGAACCAACCAGACUUUGGCGCCGUUGGUUUAAGUGGAGCGGAUCUGUGCUCUGGCAGGUGAGGAGGGCUGGGUGUAAUGCCAAAUAUAAAAAAGUAUUAUGCAUGCCAUUAGUUUCACUAGACGAGCUGGAAUCAAGACGACGCCUGGUAGGUUGAGGAGGAAGACCUGCUGUGAACUUUGAGGAAAAAACUAAAAAAACAACGGAACCACGACGCGCUGCGGGGGAUGAGGCCGUUUCCACAGACUGAGACGCUGUUGCUGAGAGUGAAUCGAGGAUGCGGAUGGCUUUAUUGGUGGCGAAAAGGGCCGACUGUGUGGGUGAAAACCGUGUUCCAAAUCCUCCUGGAGGUUUUAUUGUGGGCUUUGCACCCGGGCAGCGAGGAACACUCGAGCUGGUGCAGACAAGCUUCUCCUUUCCUAAUUUAUUUAUUUUUUUUAAUUUUAAUUUCCUUUUUUUUCUUGUCUGAGCUCAGUCUGAAAGAUGAGUUCAAACUUCCCCUCUUCCCUGCCAGAUGUCAUUUUUCACCACUGAAAGUUUCUUCGAA